ACUGAGCAGACAGUCCACAGACUCGCAGAGACAAACCGAGGACACAGCAGCAGACACCGCUGUCUCUCUCUCUGGAUAUAUUAUACACCUCACAUCAAACCGCUCGGAUGUGCAAUAUGACUUUUGAGGAAACUAGUGGAGAUAAUUCAUCAGAGAGGAUGGAAUCGGUGGCUACAGCGUUAGAGGAGGUCCUGAGCUCUGCACUGCCUCAGGGUUGCACCACAGUUGGAGUCUACGAGGCUGCAAAGUCCCUAAAUGCGGAUCCAGACAACGUGGUGUUGUGUCUGCUGGCCACAGAUGACGAGGAGGACGUUGCUCUCCAGAUUCAUUUCACCUUGAUCCAGGCGUUCUGCUGCGAGAAUGACAUCAACAUCCUGCGUGUGAGCAACAUGAGGCGUCUGGCAGAAAUCCUCGGCGGGGUGAAACCUGGAGGGGAGCCCAUGGACCUGCACUGCGUUCUAGUUACAAACCCCCAGUCGUCACUGUGGAACGACCCGGCGCUGAGCAAGGUGACCAGAUUCUGCAGAGAGAGUCGCUGUUUGGAUCAGUGGGUGCCCGUCAUCAACCUGCCCGACCGAUGAAACCGCUUGGAAUAUUAAUGUAUUGUGUGCAUUUGGGGAAAGUAACUGCACAAGGCCUGUGUUAAUGUCUGUGUUGGACUCCUUUGGAAAGCGCCCCAGAGAGAGAUAAAGACGGGAGGGGCUGGAAAAAAAUAAAAAAAGAAACACGAGGAAGUGAAACGUUCCAACGAAUUUACCAGGUCAGCGUGAACCCGUGGGCCAAGGAAGAGUGACUCAGCAGUCUGGGUUCCAGGAUUUCCAGUGUGUGACUGCGCCUUUUCUCUGCAGAGAAAGAAGCCUUUACAGGAAACUGAACCAUGUGAGCGGACAAGCACACGUGGUGGUGAGCACAAGCACAGGACUUUGGGGGGAAAAAGCAGACAGAGAGCUUCAGUUUGACUCCCAAAAUGCCGGAGUGGACCGGUCAGAGCUCUCAGCUGGAAGAAUUCCUCAUGAAAAUUCGACCAAAUCGGAACAUUUCUUUCACAGCACAUUUAUUUAAUAGUAUUUAAGACUUGUCACUUUGAUAACGCAAAAGGGAAAAUUUUCACAGUUUAUUAUUAUUAUUAUUAUAAUAAUUUAAAGGGCAAUGCAAUGUUUCGACUUGUCCACUAACUGAUGUUUUUAUGUGUUAUUAAGUUAAAGAAAUAUAUUUAUUGUGCAUAGUUCAUGGCAUUCUGGAUUGUUAAGUUGAAUGAAAUAAACAACCAACAGUUUA